GGGCCUGAUUUGGCUUCUACUACACUAAUCUACCUAAGUGCGUAACACCAGAUCGCGCAAAACUCUUCGAACAAACAAGUCUCUCUCUCGCUCUGAAACUCUCGCAGAAGCUCUUUCAUUGUUGUUAUGGCGCGGAGCUGGCGAUCCAAACCGGUGAUUCUCGUGCUUUUCAUACAGCUCUGCUUUUCGCUUAUCUCUUCGUCGCUCGCAAUUUCUCCCGGGUCUACUGAUGGGUACACCAUCCAUGGUCGAGUGAAGAUCCACAGUAUGGGGGCGAAAGGAUAUGGCCUUUACCAAAAAACAUCAAAUGUCAAAGUCAUACUAAAUGCUGGUCAGAGUGUUACCUUUCUGAGGCCUGAUGGAUUUUUUUCAUUCCAUAAUGUGCCUGCGGGGACUCAUCUGAUUGAAGUCACUGCAAUAGGCUAUUUCUUUUCUCCGGUCCGAGUUGAUGUUAGUGCCAGAAACCCAGGCAAGGUUCAGGCAGCACUGACUGAAAAUAGGAGGGGCCUAAAUGAGUUUGUUUUAGAGCCAUUGAGAGAGGAACAGUAUUAUGAGAUAAGGGAACCCUUCUCCAUAAUGUCUCUUGUAAAGAGCCCAAUGGGUCUGAUGGUUGGAUUUAUGGUAGUUGUUGUGUUUCUGAUGCCGAAGUUAGUGGAGAACAUGGAUCCUGAAGAAAUGAGGCGGACACAAGAAGAAAUGAGAAACCAAGGGGUUCCAUCGCUAGCGAGCUUGUUACCUGGUGCUGCGAGGAGUUAAAAACUGAAAUGGAGAAGUAUCAACCUCCUCUUCAGGUGGACUUCUGAUUUCCUGCUCAGGAGCUGAGAGAUUGUGUAUCAUUAUGGUUAAGAAAGAUUUUCCAAGAAAGAUUACGAGAUGCCAGGACUUCUCUCUCUCUCUCUCUCUCUCUCUCUCUCUCUCUCUCUCUCUUUUUGUUUUUAUUUUUUGGCUUAGAGCCUGAUGUUACAAUGCUAGCAAUGCAUUUUUUUUUCUUUUUAAAGUUAUGUAUUGAUAAUGCAGUUUUACAUUGAUGUAAACAUUUUGGGAGUUAGGUGUCUCAUCUGAGUGGGUUGUGAUGCUGACAACCAGCAGGCCGUGAUUAACAGUGUAUUAGUUUUUGUUUGCUUAUUGUUAGAUUUGCAAUUCAAUGAAAA